UGCAUCUGCUGGAAGGAGGCUUUUCGGCUGCCUGGUAACCGGCUGCCAGAACACUGAGAGCAAAAGAGAGGCAGGGAGCAGGGCAGCGGCGUCUUGACGUCAAGGCCAGCCAAGCGGAUCUUACCAGCCACACCAGCGGGUCCCAGAGCCAGAACAGUCCGCUGGAGAGGAGCCCCAGGCGAGGCGUGAGGAGCGUGAGUGGGGGGCGCGGGAAACCCGUGGCCAGGGCGCAGCAUGCCCCCUGUGCCCGGGCCAUGGAGAUCACCCUGGUGCCCCUGGAGAAUGGCAGUGCCAUGACCCUCCAGGGAGGUGGAGAGGUCCGAACAAGCUGUGAGCAGACCCCCAGUGGAGAGCUUAGAUGUCCCCCGACGGCUGGGCUCAGCGAUCCGCCCCAAGAGCUCGCACAGAGAAGGCACCGGGCGCACAGGGGGUCGGACCCAGGAGGGCGGCCUUUGUCUCGACUGCCCCAGGAGCUGCUGCAACCUAGAAGACCAUCUCCGGAGGAGGAGGAGGGGGAAGGCGACCAUGGCUUGGGCACAGUGGAGGAGGAUCAGGCCCCUCUGGGUGCUGGGGCGCUCCAUCAUCAGCGCGUCCUCAUAAACAUCUCGGGGCUACGCUUUGAGACACAGCUGAGCACCCUGGCGCAGUUCCCCAACACCCUCCUGGGGGACCCAGUCAAGCGCCUGCGCUACUUUGACCCCCUGAGGAAUGAGUACUUCUUUGAUCGUAAUCGGCCCAGCUUCGACGGCAUCCUGUACUAUUACCAGUCGGGGGGGCGCCUGCGCAGGCCUGUCAACGUCUCCCUGGACGUGUUUGCAGAUGAGAUCCGCUUCUACCAGCUGGGGGAUGAGGCCAUGGAGCGCUUCCGGGAGGACGAGGGAUUCAUCAAGGAAGAGGAGAAGCCACUGCCUCGCCAAGAGUUCCAGCGCCAGGUGUGGCUUAUCUUUGAAUACCCAGAAAGUUCGGGCUCCGCGAGAGCCAUCGCCAUCGUGUCAGUUUUGGUUAUCCUCAUAUCUAUCAUAACCUUCUGCUUGGAGACCCUGCCUGAGUUCAGGGAUGAACGCGAGCUGCUCCGCCAUCCCCCAGUACCUCCCCAGCCUCGGGUGCCCACCUCAGGGGCCAAUGGCAGCAGGGCUGGCGCCCCUUCCUUUGGCCCCACGGUGGCACCACUCCUGCCUAGGACCCUGGCUGACCCAUUCUUCAUUGUGGAGACCACUUGCGUUAUCUGGUUCACUUUUGAGCUGCUUGUGCGCUUCUUUGCCUGUCCCAGCAAGGCAGAGUUCUCUCGGAAUAUCAUGAACAUCAUCGAUAUUGUGGCCAUCUUUCCCUAUUUCAUCACCUUGGGCACCGAGCUGGCAGAGCAACAGCCAGGGGGAGGAGGCGGGGGUGGCCAGAACGGGCAGCAGGCCAUGUCCCUGGCCAUCCUCAGGGUGAUCCGCCUGGUCCGGGUGUUCCGCAUCUUCAAGCUCUCCCGCCACUCCAAGGGGCUGCAGAUCCUGGGCAAGACCUUGCAGGCCUCCAUGAGGGAGCUGGGCUUGCUCAUCUUCUUCCUCUUCAUCGGAGUCAUCCUCUUCUCCAGUGCAGUCUACUUCGCAGAGGCAGACAACCAGGGUUCCCAUUUCUCCAGCAUCCCAGAUGCUUUCUGGUGGGCAGUGGUCACCAUGACUACUGUAGGCUACGGGGACAUGAGGCCCAUCACCGUGGGAGGCAAGAUCGUGGGCUCACUGUGUGCCAUCGCUGGGGUCCUCACCAUUGCCCUGCCUGUGCCAGUCAUCGUCUCCAACUUUAACUACUUCUACCACAGGGAGACAGACCAUGAAGAGCAAGCUGCCCUGAAGGAUGAGCAAGGCAACCAAAGACAGGGGUCUACACUGGACACAGGCAGCCAGCGGAAGGCCAGCUGGAGCAAGGCUUCCUUCUGCAAGACUGGGGGUUCUCUGGAGAAUUCAGACAGCACCAGAAGGGGUAGUUGCCCCCUUGAAAAGUAUAACCUGAAGGCCAAGAGCAAUGCAGACUUGCGCAGGUCCCUGUAUGCCCUCUGUCUGGACACCAGCCGGGAAACAGACUUGUAAAGAGGAAUCCAGGCAGGCUGGUGAUAGCAGGAUGGGAAAUAGGGAUACCCACCCCCCUUGAACCUGCAAAGCUGUCUACUUAAUGCCACAGAGUAUUUCAAGCCCAGCUGGUCACUGUUGUCUAUCUCCUUUUGACCCUUCCCAUGUUCCUGCCUUCUAACUUCCCAUUUUUUCUCCUCUUACCGUGACGUCAAGGGUCACCUAUUUUUAAAAAGUACCACAUUCCAUGACGAAGAAGCAGUUGAAAUGGUGAGCGCUGAGAUGGAUGUAUUUGUAGCCAGUUUUCUAUACCCAGCAGAGGGAUAACCCAAACAAAAAAGACUUUAAAUAGCUCAAAUCCCAGGAGAGUCUGUAGCCCUUCCCAUUUAUGUGUUCCAAAUGUACAUGUGAUUAUAUUUGUGUAUAGGAGCAAAUAUUUUUAUUGCUGGUGAGUGGAUUUUUUAUGGCAAUCCACAUGGAGAAUGUUUGGAUGUAUUCUCAAGAUAUACAUUGAAUUACAAAAGGGUUGUGGUCAUCUUUUCCUCGGACACUGGCAGCCAGAGACCCUGGUAAGGCCAUUCAGGUUCCUGUUUCUCCAAGCAUCUCUUUUCCAGGAUGUGGUAUUAGUGCUUUGUGUCUAGGUAGAGAAUGUUCUGAAAGAUAGGUAAAUCUGAUCCUUUUAUGUAUGUAUGUGCCUUAAACAUUUCUUGUAGCUUUCUUCACACACACAAAAAAACCCUUUAAUAAUGUUGGAAGAAGGCUUUUGACAAUUCAUUCUCUUUAUUUUCAU